UUAAUCCGCGCGUGUAUUGUAUUGGGUGGGUACGUGCCAAACGAAGCCAACAUCUAGUCAAGGUCCGUCUCUCCUUGCCGCCUCCGCUCCUGCGCCGCCCGCUUCACCGCAGGCAUCCGGCAGCCGGCUCUACAACCCGACGACGUGAUCUCCCCGCCUUCAAUUCCUCUCUCGUCCUGCUCUGUGCACACCAAGGAAGAUGGUCCGGGAGGUGGCCGAGAGCUGCGUCGACGGGGUGGUCAUGGAGAUGGUAGCGGCCUACUGCGGCCGCUUCUACGCCGCCAAGCCCGAGCUCGCGGCCCGCCGCAUCGAGGCCAUCGGCUUCCAGGUCGGUCACCAGCUCUCCGAGAGAUAUACCAUGGAGCGCCCUCGAUUUAGUGAUCAUCUUGAAGCAAUCAAAUUUAUCUGCAAAGACUUUUGGUCUGAACUAUUCAAAAAGCAGAUUGAUAAUCUUAAAACAAAUCACAGGGGUACCUUUGUCCUUCAAGAUAACCGUUUUCGGUGGCUUACUCGUGUUUCUCUAGAUCCACCUGCAGAGAGCACUGAUGCAACUGACAAUGACUCUGCACCAUUGGGUGAUACUGCAGCCCAAACAACAAGCAUGCUUCUGUAUUUUCCAUGCGGGUUGAUAAGAGGUGCCUUGACCAACUUAGGAAUUUCAUGUUCCGUCUCUGCAGAUAUGUCAAACCUUCCAGCAUGUUCCUUUGUGGUGCGCAUAAAGACAUGAACUGCGAGAAAUGAUACAAAUACAGUAUUAAGUGCUGGCUUGUGGUUCAAGUCAUUUGACACCUACCUGUUUUCACUGUCUUUCAAUGAAAUUCCUUCUUCGCCUUCAUGACCAUAUAACCGAGAUCGGGUGUUACUUUAUGUUGCAUAUUAGUAAUAUUUUCUCUGGAAGAAUUGUGGCGCCAAUGUGAUUUUUUUUUUCAUCAACCAAAGUGGAGCGUUUACAUGUUCCUUUUGUACAGAUCAUAUUUGGAUGUAGUCAAUUAUAGGUCCUGUUUAAAAUUCAGGAUUUUUCUCGAA